GUAUCCGGCCGCCGAUUCCGUCAGUUCUCUGAGCUAUUACAGGUAGGAAAAAUGUCGCAUCGUAAGUUUGAGCACCCAAGGCAUGGUUCUUUGGGAUUUCUUCCAAGGAAAAGAGCUGCACGACACAGAGGAAAAGUGAAGGCUUUUCCCAAAGAUGAUCCAACGAAACCUUGCAGGUUGACAGCUUUCCUUGGAUAUAAAGCUGGCAUGACCCAUAUUGUCAGAGAAGUUGAAAAACCAGGGUCAAAGCUCCAUAAGAAAGAGACUUGCGAAGCUGUUACCAUAAUUGAAACACCUCCAAUGAUUGUUGUUGGGGUUGUCGGUUAUGUGAAAACACCACGUGGCCUUCGCUGCCUGAGCACUGUCUGGGCUCAGCAUCUUAGUGAAGAAAUUAAAAGGAGGUUCUACAAGAACUGGUGCAUGUCCAAAAAGAAGGCCUUUGCCAAGUACUCAAAGAAGUAUGAAACUGAUGAAGGCAAGAAAGAUAUUAAUGCACAGUUGGAGAAGAUGAAGAAGUAUUGUUCUGUGAUUCGCGUUCUUGCCCAUACUCAGAUUAGGAAAAUGAAAGGUCUCAAGCAAAAGAAGGCACAUCUGAUGGAGAUUCAGGUUAAUGGUGGGGAUGUUGCCCAGAAGGUUGAUUAUGCUUAUGGCUUUUUUGAGAAACAGAUUCCCAUUGAUGCAAUUUUCCAGAAGGAUGAAAUGAUUGAUAUCAUUGGUGUGACUAAAGGUAAGGGGUAUGAGGGUGUGGUUACUCGUUGGGGCGUGACCCGGCUCCCACGUAAGACUCAUCGUGGUCUUAGAAAGGUGGCUUGUAUUGGUGCUUGGCAUCCAGCUAGGGUGUCAUUUACUGUUGCUAGGGCUGGGCAGAAUGGUUAUCACCAUCGUACUGAGAUGAACAAGAAAGUCUACAGGCUGGGCAAGGCUGGACAGGAGUCUCAUUCUGCCAUAACUGAGUUCGACAGGACUGAGAAGGAAAUCACUCCAAUCGGUGGAUUCCCUCACUAUGGUGUUGUGAAAGAGGACUUUCUGUUGAUUAAGGGCUGCUGUGUUGGACCAAAGAAGCGUGUUGUGACUUUGAGGCAGUCAUUGUUGAACCAGACAUCUAGGGUUGCAUUGGAGGAGAUCAAGCUCAAGUUCAUUGACACAUCAUCCAAGUUUGGCCAUGGACGCUUCCAGACUACACAGGAGAAGGCAAAAUUCUAUGGACGCCUUAAAGCUUGAGAAUUUGUCAAGACCAUAUAGGCACUUCUUUUUUGUCAGAGAUGAACUACAUUUAUAAGUUGCUAUGUCGUUUUUUAUUUAUUCUGAAUACUGUGACAAUUUUGUGAGAUUAAAGUUAAUGCUUGUUAUUUCAAUAAGCAUUUUUUGGAC